UUUUCAGCACAUCUUUAAAAAGUCUAUAUGUGUUUUAUUUCUCACAGCAUACAUGUCCCUCAAAAAGACUAUUUUUGUCCCAUUACUAGUUUAAUGUUCGUAAUUCAAACAAAUAUUUUUGUGUGGGUAGGACAAAAUUUAUUUGUACCUGUGUAAGUUUUUAAUCAUAGUUAAUAUUCAUGACCAUCACACUGGUGGUAUAUCAAGCCAUAUAUGCUUAUACUCCUCUGUUGGGGAUACAAAGAGGUGGGCAAAUCUCAUUACUCAUGGAAAUAAACCUUUCAGGAUUUUUAUAUGUAAGCCAGACUUUGAGACUGUGACACGUUCAAUAGUGAAUCUCUUUGGGAUGACAGAAAUCUAAUUAACAGUAUAUAGCAAAAAGUGAAUCUAUAUUUAGCAGGUAAAAUUAAGCUGUAUUUUAAAAGCGGUGCUUUCUCAAGGGAAAUUCAAAGAAAGUACCUUCAAAGAACCAGAGGUAUGCCUAAGGCAUAAAACUAGUACUAAUAUGUUGUAUAGAUUAUAGGUUAAAAAUACUUAUAUAUGGUUGCCUGCAUGAGGCAAAUUCAAGUUUUGCUUUUUGGAACUUUCUGGAAUUUUUUUUCUAGAUAUUUUUGAUUUGCAGUUGGUUGAAACCGUGAAUACAGAACCUGCAGAUGUGGGGGGGGGAGUCCAACCAUGUAUUAAUUGCUUAAAGGAAAUGUUAUUAUGAAUCCUUCCUUCUGCAGAAGUCACCUGAAACUCCAAGUUUUUGAAUAGCUUGAGUUUAAUAGAAUAUUUGAUCUGGAGGAGGCUUAUAAUACAACUCAUUUAAUUCCCUGUCCUUGCAUGUGAGAGAACUGAGAUCUAGAGCCUUGAUGUAAUUACAUACCUGCCCGUCUAUUAAGUCUCAGGCCAUUGGUGGUGAAUAGCCAGGCCUUAACCCUUAGUAUUGAACCUAGGAGUAUAUUUGAUCUCCUAUGCCUGGAAUUAUUCUCCAAAUUAGAAAGCAACAGAUGCUGGCCUACCAUCCUGAUAUAUUUUCUAUUCAAAUAUACGGAUUCUCGGCGGCUUUGCAUUGAACUUGACAUUUUAUACCUUGGGUGAUGCUUAGUAGUACUGAAUAGCUAAAUCAGUUUUGCCCGGUGCACGAAGUUAUUUUGCUGUUAAAUCAAAUGAGAAAUUCUGCUUGAGGGUGUAGUUCUUGGUGCUCCAUCUCCUGUCCAGAAACACCGAUUGGGCAGAGUUCAGCAGAGUCCCAGAGUCCACAGAUGGAGCCACAGAUUAAUCCUUACUCUCUCUUUUAUUGUGUCUUACAACAUUUCUUCAAGGUGAAGAAAUGGUCAGCUUUGUGGAAAAAACUGUCUCUUGUCAGAUGUGUUUUAACUCAUUUAACUCUUCUAUUGAAAGAAAUUCUCUGUAAAAAAUGUUUCCCAUUUCCCUUAUCUAAAAGAAUCACUGUUGUUGAGAGGACCUUGCCAUGAGCCUAAAACUUAUACUUCCAAGCCGAAUAGGGCUUUGAAUGCAGAGCUCUAAGAAAUCUCAUGUGAAACUUUAUCUGAAAAACUGUUUUAUGUACCUAGCUUUGCCCCAGGCUGUCUGCAUCCUUGUUACUAUGCGUGAAUGCUGCUGCUGGUGGUUUUUUCUUUGUUGGCUAUUAAUCCAGCAGAGACACUACGUGACUAUAGUGGUACUUGGCAGUUUUCACAUUAAACAAACUAGCUUCCAUUUCUCUCAUAGAGAUCAUUUUUGGCAUUUAAAACACAUGCCUUUAGAAAACAGGUUUGGAUGUAUAUAAACACAAGGUUAAUCCUCCACACUCUGGACUCCAGAGCUGUUGACAAAGUCAACAUAUAUUAAAAUAAACUUUUUGUCACUUUUUGCAGCUUGGUAUUCCCACAUCCCUUCCCUUCUUACUUCCUCCGAAAUAAGCCUCUUUGUUAAUAACUCGUGUUUCAGGACAAUGAAAAAGAGUAUGUUUAAAACACUCAGAAUAUAUCCAAGUUAGCUACAAAUCCGAUGACAGCUUUUUGAACGUGGACUUUCACUUUUAUUACUUAGGUCUUUUUUGACCCUUCACAAAAAUGUCAAGAUUCUAUGUUUCCCAACUGGGCUGAUAUUGCUGGCUUCUUACUGGAAAACAGUCAGCCAGCUCCAGUCAGCCUUUUUUUCCUGCAUGGUAUUGAAAUUAACUUAUUACAGAAACCACAUGCAUACCCUUUAAUUUUCCUUCUCCUUUUUUUUGGGGCGGGGGUAUUGUUUUCUCUCCUAUCUGGCAUAUGGGAGAGAAUGUUUUCUCCAGCUGGGUUCUUUUUCUCUGGUCACUAACAUGUCCGAGAAUCCUAUUAUGUGUGAGAUGGUGUGCCGCCAGCACCUCCCUCCCCCAUCGUUUAAAUGAAAAACGUCGUAACCAGAGGCAGACCACUGCUGGGGAGUGUUGUAAGCGGUGCCCCUUUCCACUUAGCUAUUUUGUUACUUGUAGGUCAUGGUCUAAUUAUUUAGCAUUAAAUGGCGGGGUGUGUAAUCGUAUUUAUAGUACGUUUUAUUAGUUUGCAUUCCAUCAUGGUAGUGUGGUGAUAUCAUAAAUAACAGGGCAACAUAACAUCCGAUUGCUGGAGAAAGGGUUUUCCUGCAGCCCCGGCAUUUUUACUCAACAACGUUUGGUUUCGUGGGAAAGGUGGUGGGGUAGGUGGGGGAAUACUAUGGGCGCUUUUCUGUGUUAGGAGCCGGGUCUCUCUCCUGCAUUGGUUGGAGAGUCCCGGGGCCCUGCUUGGUUCAGAAAGAAGUGUCCUGUGAGCGCCAAUGCGGUUAGAUUUAUAGCAGCAUGGCUCGGAGUGUGUUUGCUGCCUUAGUCAGCUGUGAGAGCUCCCUGCUGGGGCCACUCCUGUCUGAUGGAAAAGCAGCAGCUGGGAAGGUGCUGUUUCAGGCUCUUGCUGUUUAAAAAAAAAAAAAAAAAAAAAGAGGGAGAGAGAGCGCGCGCGAGAGGGGGGAAAACUCCUCUAAGUCCACAAGCUGGCAUUGGAGGGGGAGACAGCGGUCAUGUGGUUCUGGCUAUCCUACCCUCUGUCACAGUGCGGAUGAGAGCUUUUUGCUCUUAUCCAAUCAUGCCUGGAAUGCCGCUUGCCACUUGGGUUAUUUCUGCUAUCUGUCGCUCUUAGUGCCGCAGUGCUAAAGGUUUGGCAGAUGGGACACUUUUUCUUGGAGUUUGUGUCUUUGGUUUUUGACUUCUGGCAGCGCCGGGCUUGUUGUUGCCGCUCGCCCUCUCCCUCCCUGGCCCUCUGGGCACCAUGGCCCAUCGGCUUCGGUUUCAUUUUGGCUCUGGUCGCAGCAACACAGCCCCCGAAUCAGAGAUCCUAGACCAGGAGAGAGAAGACGACUUUUUCAUGGCAUUCCACACGCUCCCGCGGAGGAGCGGCCCUCACCCCUUUGCCUCUCAUGGAGCGGAGGAUGGCGGAGGUGGCCUGCAGGCAGGCGUGGGCGCGCUGAAGCGCAGCUCGUCCAUGUUCAUCCCCCAGCUCCUGAGCCCCGUUGACACGCGGCCCACCCGGAGUUCAUCCGUGCAGAUCUCGCUGCAGCGCAAAGCUGCCGACGGGGCCCCCGACGGGUGCGGGCCCCCCGAGGGCCUGGACGGCGACGCGGGCUCAGUGCCUCGGAGCGGCUGCUCUGAGACCCCGGAGCCCAAGAGCCUCGAGAAUCCCUCUCCCGGGGCCGCCAGGGCUCCAGGCCCGCAGGUCAACGGCACGUGUGGCCGACGAGCACCCGGCCUCACAGCCCCCGAUGGCCGCGAGGAGGCCAAGCCUUCGAUCGCCCAGGGGCCCGAGGGCAGCGGAGGACUCCGCAUCCAGCACCGCGCCUCCAGCGCGGAUGUGCGCCAGGUGAGGCUGACGCCUUUCGGGGCUGACGGCCCAAGCAGCUCGUCGGCGCAGGAGCCCAGGCGCUGGUCCCUGCAGCACGUUCCAGAUGCUUCUGGAAGUUCUGGGAAGCGGUGUUUUGUCUUCCAGUUGCAGCAGCCGCAACCCGGUGUGCCAGGGCUGGGUGGUGACUUCAACUUCGGGUUCACCGGCACCAAGGGGGACAGGUUGGUGAGGUAUCCCCGCAUCCGGCUAGAGAGGAGCACCUCGUACCCCACGCAGCCCCGAGCAGAGCGCGGGAGCCCCACAGAAGAGCACGGCCAUCCGGAGACACCACCCCGGGGCCGCAGGGUGGCUCCCGAAAUCCACAGGACCAACUCCGUGGAAAGGACGCCGCAGGGUCAGGGCUGCACGUUUAAGAUCAGGCAAGAUCAAAAUGCGGGGCAGCAGCAUUUCAGAAUUCUUGUGACUCGGGGGCCAGAGGAAGCUCCUCAGAAUCCCGAGGAGAAUAACGCCUCCUGCCCUGGUUCCUCAGGAGCCAGCGCCCCGACACGAGACGACUUCCUGGGACAGGUGGACAUACCCCUUAGUCAUCUCCCGACAGAAGACCCAACCAUGGAGCGACCCUAUACAUUUAAGGAUUUUCUCCUCAGACCAAGAAGUCAUAAAUCGCGAGUUAAGGGAUUUUUGCGAUUGAAGAUGGCCUAUAUGCCCAAAAACGGAGGUCAAGAUGAAGAGAACAGUGAGCAGAGAGAUGAAAUGGAGCCGGGGUGGGAAGUUGUUGACUCGAAUGACUCGGCUUCUCAGCACCAGGAGGAGCUUCCUCCCCCACCGCUGCCCCCUGGGUGGGAAGAAAAAGUGGACAACUUAGGUCGUACUUACUACGUCAACCACAACAACCGGACCACCCAGUGGCACCGACCCAGCCUAAUGGAUGUGUCCUCUGAGUCCGACAGCAACAUCCGGCAGAUCAACCAGGAGGCAGCACACCGUCGCUUCCGCUCCCGCAGGCACAUCAGCGAGGACCUGGAGCCCGAGCCCAGCGAGGGCGGAGACGGCCCUGAGCCUUGGGAGACCAUUUCGGAAGAAGUGAACAUCAGUGGAGACUCCCUCAGCCUGGCGCUGCCACCACCGCCAGCCUCACCCGUGUCUCGGACCAGCCCUCAGGAGCUGUCUGAGGAACUGAGCAGAAGGCUUCAGAUCACUCCAGACUCCAAUGGGGAGCAGUUUGGUUCUUUGAUUCAGAGAGAGCCCUCCUCGAGGUUGAGGUCCUGCAGUGUCACCGAUGCAGUCACCGAGCAGGCUCAUCUACCACCGCCCAGUGCCCCAGCUGGGAGAGCACGCUCAUCGACUGUCACGGGUGGUGAGGAGCCAACGCCAUCAGUGGCCUAUGUACAUACCACGCCGGGCCUACCUUCAGGCUGGGAAGAAAGAAAAGAUGCAAAGGGACGCACAUACUAUGUCAAUCAUAACAAUCGAACCACAACCUGGACUCGACCUAUCAUGCAGCUCGCAGAAGAUGGUGCAUCCGGAUCCGCCACAAACAGUAACAACCAUCUAAUCGAACCUCAGAUCCGCCGGCCUCGUAGCCUCAGUUCGCCAACAGUAACUUUAUCUGCCCCCCUGGAGGGUGCCAAGGAUUCACCCAUACGUCGGGCUGUGAAAGAUACCCUUUCCAAUCCACAGUCCCCACAGCCAUCACCUUACAACUCCCCCAAACCACAACACAAAGUCACACAGAGCUUCCUGCCGCCCGGCUGGGAAAUGAGGAUAGCGCCCAACGGCCGGCCCUUCUUCAUUGACCAUAACACAAAGACUACGACGUGGGAAGAUCCACGCCUGAAAUUUCCAGUACACAUGCGGUCCAAGGCAUCUUUAAACCCCAAUGACCUUGGCCCUCUUCCUCCUGGCUGGGAAGAAAGAAUUCACUUGGACGGCCGAACUUUUUACAUUGACCAUAGCAGCCAGGUGUUAUGUGGCGAGAAUGAUGCCAGAGACGCAGUGCCCUUGGACGAUAGCAAAAUUACUCAGUGGGAAGACCCAAGACUGCAGAAUCCAGCUAUUACUGGUCCGGCUGUUCCUUACUCCAGAGAAUUUAAGCAGAAAUAUGACUACUUUAGGAAGAAAUUAAAGAAACCUGCUGAUAUUCCAAAUAGGUUUGAGAUGAAACUUCACAGAAAUAACAUAUUCGAAGAGUCCUAUCGGAGAAUCAUGUCUGUGAAAAGGCCAGAUGUCCUGAAAGCAAGGCUGUGGAUUGAAUUUGAAUCGGAGAAAGGUCUGGACUACGGGGGCGUGGCCAGAGAAUGGUUCUUCUUACUGUCCAAAGAGAUGUUCAACCCCUACUAUGGUCUCUUCGAGUAUUCCGCAACGGACAACUAUACGCUUCAGAUCAAUCCCAAUUCGGGCCUCUGUAAUGAAGAUCAUUUGUCCUAUUUCACUUUUAUUGGAAGAGUUGCUGGCCUGGCAGUAUUUCAUGGGAAACUUUUAGAUGGUUUCUUCAUUAGACCAUUUUACAAAAUGAUGCUGGGAAAGCAGAUAACUCUGAAUGACAUGGAAUCUGUGGAUAGUGAAUAUUACAACUCUUUGAAAUGGAUCUUAGAAAAUGAUCCGACUGAAUUGGAUCUUAUGUUCUGCAUCGAUGAAGAAAACUUUGGGCAGACAUAUCAAGUGGAUCUGAAGCCCAAUGGGUCAGAAAUAAUGGUAACAAAUGAAAACAAAAGGGAGUAUAUUGACCUCGUCAUCCAGUGGAGAUUUGUGAACAGGGUCCAGAAGCAAAUGAACGCCUUCCUGGAGGGAUUCACGGAACUGCUUCCUAUUGAUUUGAUUAAAAUUUUUGACGAAAAUGAGCUGGAGUUGCUGAUGUGCGGCCUUGGUGAUGUGGAUGUGAACGACUGGCGACAACAUUCUAUUUACAAGAAUGGCUACUGCCCAAACCACCCUGUGAUUCAGUGGUUCUGGAAGGCUGUGCUGCUGAUGGACGCCGAGAAGCGGAUCCGGUUACUGCAGUUCGUCACCGGGACGUCCCGAGUACCUAUGAAUGGAUUUGCCGAGCUUUAUGGUUCCAAUGGUCCUCAGCUGUUUACAAUAGAGCAAUGGGGAAGUCCUGAGAAACUGCCCAGAGCUCACACAUGCUUUAAUCGCCUUGACUUACCUCCAUACGAAACGUUCGAGGAUUUACGAGAGAAGCUUCUCAUGGCUGUGGAAAAUGCCCAAGGAUUCGAGGGGGUGGAUUAGGCACCCCUCGCCUCGGAGUGGUUGUUCUUCGAGCAAGUCCUGCUUGCACUUUUGCAUUUGCCUAACAGACUCUGCAGAGACCGUGGCAGAGAGCGGUGUGCGGCGUGGGCUCCUGGAGCUGAGCCUUCGCCUGCGACUUGCCCACGUUCUGACACGGGAACCCAGUCCCAGGUCGCGUUCCUGCAUCUUCCACCACAAGUUACCAACUGGUUGAUGUGUAUACUAAUUACAUUUCAGGAGGACUUAUUCUAUUUAUGUUGUGCCUCUGUAGGCCAAGCCCUUAAUAAAUAUUUUACAUACUUUAUAAUGACAGCGAAUGGAAUUAAUCACUCUCCAGGUAUAGUAUUACAACUCAUGUUUACUUCUUAAAAUGAUUUAGACCGAUUUGCAGAUUUUAUUUCAGUACAAUUAAAGAUGUCUCAUGUACUUGGAAAAAGUGAGCAUAUUUUUUUUUUUUUGUAUUUGAAUUUCAUACCAGGUUUAAUGUCUAUGACGUUUUUCUUUCUAAAAGUACUUGGACACUCCUCUUCCCCGCUUUUAUUAGAAUUGGAAGACUGACUUUUGUCCCAAAACCUUCUGCAGACAAAUACUUUGAGAGAACUUAAACUAUAUCCUUUAGGCAUCAUGACAGUUUUUUCUGUACUCAGAAUGAAAACAAACUGGAUAUUACCUUUUUUUUUUUUUUUUUGUACAAAUUUAGCGUAAUAGCUACAGGCUGAGAGAAUUGUGACCUAGCAUGGCAAAUUUUGUGUUGACCGGAAGGAAUCACACCAUUAUUCCUUAGACGUAAUUACGUGUGUGUUAUGACACAUUUGAGGCAGGGUUGACUAGCCUUUCUCGUAAGAGAAAUUACUUAACCCUCCCUGACGCUGUACAGUCCUCCUAUCCUAUUUCCCUCUUUGCUGUUCGUAGUAGAGACAUUUGAAUGAAACUCGGCGCCACGUGAUUUGAACCUGUGGAAGCCAGAUCUGUGUAGCCUCCUGUUUGUACGCGUCCGCUAAUGGUAGCUAAAUAACCGAUUUUUGUUCUAACUGCACCGAUUCUGAAGGCACUUUAUGUACUACAUGGAGGUCAAACCUGGUUUGGUUUUGUUUUUCUCAUAAACAUUAAAUGUGACGAUGCCUUGCUGGCCCUGCACACACCUUUCCAGUGCAAUGUCUGUCAGUUGUGCAUCUGGCUGCUUGUGUAUAAAACCUGGAUGUAAAGCUGAGCCUACCAACCUGUCUCCCCCGUUGUGUGUGAUUUCUACUCCACUACAGAGAUUAAUUUAAUAGACACUUAAUCUAACCGGCUUUUGUUCCCUGUGACGCGUUGCAUGCUUCGAUACUGUGUGCUGCCCGAGCUGGGCCAGUCGUGGGCUGGACAGAAAGUGCGAGACGAUGUGGUCUGUUCCACUGGUCAGAUCCUCACGAGGAUGGAAGGGGCCGCCCCCCAGAUUUGAUUCUUGGCCCUCGGUGCAGAACUCUGCUCUGUUUGGAGAGAACGCCUGAGGCAGUGCGGGACCCCUGCCGCCUUUAACCUCUGUUGUCCUGGCCCCCCUGGUGGCAGUCAGGGGACACUAGACCUCUCCUCUCUUGCCAGUCAUAAGUAAGUCAGAAAAAUCAUGGUUUCACAGCCUCUGUUUAUGGUGUAAGAAGGAUCUUUGGUGUUAGACAUUCAUUUCCCCAACUCUGGAUGGCUUGCAGGAAGCCACAAAUGUUUGUGGUCACAAAUGAGUUGUCUGAAGGGGCCAGAGGCCUAGGUGUGUAAAAGAAGGUGGACUUCUCCAGAGUUAAGGAUUGCUCCCUUCUCAUAGUGAUUUUAAGAUAUCCAGGAGUCAUCAGAAAACCUGGGUGUUGAAUAAUUAGGGGGAAAAAAAAAACACGGCUCAUUUACCUACCAGUGGGAUUUUCUUCCUCUUCAGUCAGUGUAACACAUGUCUCCGUGGCAACCCUCCCCCUUCUUGCAGCCCCUCAAGUCCAGACUCAUGCCAAAGCCUGGAAGCGCAGGGUAGGUUCUGAGAGUGAGUCUGUAAUUAUAGGGAGAGAAAUCUAGCGAUUCUUGUCUAAGAACUAAGAUUCUUCUGUCAUUUUAUAAUCGGUGUAUUCAGGAAAAUCACUGCAUUUUCGCUAAAUGCAAAGUAUUGAAAAUAUGAAAGAAAACCCAUUCCAAGAUACUUCCUGGGCCAGGAACGGAUAAGCGUUCUCAAAAUAUACCCCCAUGCAUUACUUGAAAGCCAGUAAUUGUGCAUGACAGUUCAGUUCAUCUAGCCCUUAAUAUCUGAUUGCAGUAACAACUCGAAAGUACUGGGUUUAGAGCCUGUUUGGGGUUUUUUGUUUGUUUUUAAUCCAAAUAAGGGUCCGUAAUUUUCAGCAAUGCUCUGUUUCACUUUUAAUCUAAAAUAGUGAUACAUCUUGUUUCCUCUCAAUCCUGACAAGCGUGCUCCGUCAUCUUUAUGACAUGCUCACAGGGGGCAAAGAGCGCAGAGCAGAGCGGGCUGCACACUCGUCCCGUGGGCCCUGCCCACGCGGCCAGCAGACCUGGGCAGGGGGCGGGGUCACCUGAUCUCGUUGUGCUAGUAGCGAUGCUCUGCCGUCCAGGGUCACUACAGCCUCUGUUUUCUUCGGAAUGACCUGAAUCUAGCUUCUUUAGCUCUCUGAAAAAGAGAGUUGUUGUGGGCCAUUUUACCUUGAGGUGAAAAAGGAAGGUCCAGCAUUUAUCUAUUGCACAUUGAAAGCCUUUGAAGCAUCAGUCAUGGCAAUCAUCUAUAAAAGUCCUGGGUGUUUUCUCUUCCUGCCUCUUGUCGGCCUACAGAUGAAUCUGGGAUGUCCUCCCAGCAGUGGGAUUGGGCUCAGAGAGUGUGCUGCUUUUCUGGCUGCUGCCUCCAGAACGAGAGACGAUGAGGCAUUUGUCUCAGUGCUCUUUUCUUUUCUCCUUAAACACAUCCCAUUAUUUACCCAGGCCCUUCAGUAGCUAACAUCAGCUACUCCCUAAGGCCCAAUGACAGAUGCUUAUAAAGCAACCUGACAUGGCUAUUCCUCCCACAUAAGGAUGCAGUGACAGAUUCUGAGAAAUGGUUUGCAAAAUAUUUGAACCACUUUCGAUGUCUCACGUGGUUAAAUAGACAGCAUGUUCCGUGGCUGUUUGAAUUUGCCAAGUCCAAAUUGGCUCUUUUGCAAGGCAAGUCCGUAUGCGGCAGAUUAUUCAUUGUUCUAACAGUAACUAAUUGUUUCACACUUGACUCUAGUGUUGGCCUAGGUCUUUUAUCUCAUCUCUGAAAUUUCAAAAUCUGUAGAGAGGGCCCAGGUUAAUCAGUUCUCAAGUCCCCACCCACGCUGUGCUAGCUCUCCUCGUUUGCCUCUUCUCUCCUCAGCCUGACUCUGCACCUCUGCUGACUCUGGUAUCAUCUUCUGCCUGGCCAGUAGGGGGUGCUGCUGUGCAGGGUAACUGCCUGGCCUGCUCCCUUCCUGACCCCCAGGAGGUCCUGCACUACCUCUGUUUCAUUCAGACUUUGGGGUAUAUCCUGAUAAGUCAUGUCAAAACUGCCAAAUUUUAGGUCUGAGAUUUUUUUUUUUAAUCCUUAUAAACUCCACUUUGUACUUUAGAUUUUAAAACUGGGAAGAAAAUGUGAUAUACUUUGGACCACUUUUUUUAAUUUAUCAAAGCCUUAAUGAACAGUGUAUAUACAUUUGCAUAUGCCCCACCCACACCCACCCCAGAGUGUUUUCAAUGCGUCGGAGACCAAGCUGUAGCAUGAGAAUGGGGCUUAUAUAAUGUUCUAUAGAAAAAGAGAGCUUUCUGUGGGUGGGGAAUUUUCCAAGAAAACUCUCAGACAUCUCCCCCUCGUUAAAGAUGUUACAUGCACAGCAACGCAUGUCUAAGAUGCAUGUCUUUUUGUUGGUUGCUCUUGUGUUUGUAUGGGGUCCCGACAGACUCCAAUGACACUGGCGACAGACCUCUGUGUACUGCGUUCUCAACCCAUAUCAGUGCAUCAAAAAGCCUUCUCGUGACCAUAACCCUGUGUCCACAGACAUCUGUGCUCCUAUAUAAACCAGUUUGCCCCUCUUCUGCAGACAAAUUUCACCUAGAUUGUCACGGUUUCUUUCAUGUUAACUUUGCACAACUUUGUUCUUCCUCCACUACUAUGUAUAUAAUACACACAUAUGCUGUCCAAAUAUAUCUGUAUAUAUUUGUAUAGCAUUUUUACGCCUUUCUUGAGGAAUCCGGUUUCAGAGUUUAGUCCCUUCUACAGUUUUCUCCAACCUGUGUCCUGAGAAUUCUGACCCUGGGAGCCCGAGAGAACCCCCAGGGAGAUGAUGAUCUAAUGUGACGUCAUCUCUUCAUUUUCAGCAUCCAUUAGCAAAUGAAACAUGAAAAAAACAGUGACUUUUGAGGUGAAAGAGAGUUUCAAGCAUUCCAAAUGGAUUCUCAAUGUUUCGUAAGUUUUUAUUAUAAACCCACCUCCUACUAUAAAGCCAACUAUUUGAUACAGUGAUUAAAAACCAAUCUACUUGGAAAUGUUUUUAAAGACAACCUAUGGAUAAAUGCUCAUUUUCACAAUAGAAUAGCUUUAAACCGUGGUUGAAUUUGAUACAUACAGGAAACGUUUUGUUGCAGAACAAAUCCUUUUUGCUUUUUGGUUUUCUUGAGAGAUCUAAAGAGAAAUUGUGGAUUGUGUUCCUGAUGGCAAAAGAGUCAUGUGACAAAAUGAAGUCUUGUAAAGAAGUGAUGCAACUUGUCAAAUAUUUAAUAAAGAAUUAUGGAAGCUGGAGCUUUUUCUACA